AUGCCCUACAAGGAGCUGUUGACUAUGAGCUUGGUCGCCGGCGAUGCUCCCAGCUCUACACCUGACCAGUAUACCAACGGUCGCAUGCCCGCUCGAGUUCAGGUUGCGAUUCGGAUCCUUGAUAGCGACGAUAGCCGGACAGGGAAACUGGGUUCGCGUAAAUUUGAUGGCAAGUUCCACUACAGCAACCGCGGCAGUGAUACCAAGGGGGUGGAUUUCCGCGCUGUCAAGCCUCGAAGCUACAGUACCAAAGACCUCGACAUCGAGGAAGUCGAGAUGGACAGCAAAGACUUCUUUGCCGGGACCUACUGGUCCUAUGCCGCCUGCGUCACCCUCUUCGAGACACAUCCAAAGGAGGCGCUACUAGUGGUGCCAGGUUGGAAAGAAGAGGGCCACUGGAUCAAAGUGUGGGACAAGUACGGGAACUUUGCAGCCUUCACUCUCGGCACCAACGACAAGAAAACGCACCUCGUUGUGAAAGGCCGCACCGUCACGGCGGAGGUUGAGCCAAUGGUUCUCCCCACAGACGAGAUGCCCGCUUGGGUCAAGGACCUCCCCACGGACGUCCAGCGCCGGCUUCCUGAGCUCAGGUCCUAG